CUCCGCCACGCGAGCAGCGGCCGCGGGACCCGCACGACUCGGCUCGGCUCGGCUUAGCUUGGCUUGGCUUGGCUUAUCUCGGCUCGGCUCGGCGCUUCUCCACCGCAGGUUCAACAGUGUGACCACUCUAUUGAUUCAUAUACUCACAGCAAAGCCUUCAUCUGUCUCAUGGAUUAUAGAUCCAGAUUGAUGGCUUCAGUAACAGAUGCCAGAUACAGGCAGAAGGAUACUUCAGACCAAAAUUUUGAUUACAUGUUCAAGCUCCUGAUCAUUGGCAACAGCAGCGUGGGUAAAACAUCCUUCCUCUUCAGAUACGCUGAUGACACUUUCACACCAGCCUUCGUUAGCACAGUAGGGAUUGACUUCAAAGUGAAAACAGUUUACAGAAAUGACAAGCGGGUGAAGCUGCAGAUUUGGGACACAGCUGGACAAGAAAGAUACAGGACCAUCACUACAGCCUACUACCGAGGAGCCAUGGGCUUUGUGCUCAUGUAUGACAUCACCAGUGAAGACUCCUUCAAUGCAGUGCAGGACUGGGCCACCCAAAUCAAGACUUACUCCUGGGACAAUGCACAAGUGAUCCUGGUUGGAAACAAAUGUGACAUGGAGGAUGACAGGAUUGUUCCUGUGGAGAAGGGGAAACACCUGGCGGAUCAGCUGGGUUUUGACUAUUUUGAAGCCAGUGCCAAGGAAAACAUCAAUGUGAGGCAGGUGUUUGAGCGUCUCGUGGAUAUAAUCUGUGAAAAGAUGUCGGAGAGUGUAGAAUCAGACAAUUCCAGGGGCACUUCAGGAAGGAGCAUGAGACUCACAGACAACCCACCUCCUUCGCAGCAGAACUGCUCGUGCUAGUGAGCACUUCACCCUGAGGAAUGUCCUUCUCCCUUCCUGACUAAAUGUCACCUUUUCAUUUGUGCUGGUGGGUUAUCAUGUAGUCCAAAGGCAGAAGUCUCUGUUGUAGGAAACUGGUACGUUUGUUUAAUGUGCUGGAGUGUUAAUAUUAUGUAUUUCCUCAUCCAAUAAUUUAAAAAUCUGAAAAAAAAAAAAAAUGGUUGUAAGUGCACCUUGUGUGAAUGUGAGUUACACUGAAGAAAAAUAAUUGUGUGGUGUUCCAAAUGUUAUUUCCACAGAGAAUGUUGCAUUUUUAAUUAUAAAUUCCUCUACUGCAGAGAUUUUUGGUCAAGAACAGUGGGAAGCACAAAAACCAAUUAAGAGGGACCGGGUCUAAAAGAAAAUGGGGGAAAAUCUUUUAUAAAGUAAGAUUAUACUUUUUUUUUUUUAACGUGAAGCCAAAAAAAAAAAAAAUCAAUCCCCAGGUAUUUUGAGAAUCAUCAUUGCUGUCCUAAAGAUGUGGGCCUCAGUUUUCCUGUACGGUGGAGCAGAAAAGCAAAGCAUGUUUGUC